AUGUUACAAAAUGCAAAUAGUAGUAGUAGUAGUGGUAGUAGCAGUAGUAGUAAUAGCAACAACAGCGGUAAUAACAAAUGGAAUAAACAUGAAGAUGGUGAUACUGAUGGUGGUAAUGGUAGUACUGGUGAUGGUAGUACCAGUGAUGGUGGUGGUGGUGGAGCUUUUCAACCAGUUAAACCUCGAUCUAUGGGAAAUUUAUCACCUAUGGCAUUAUGUGUUGAAUCAACAACAAAAACAGAUGAAACAACAGUGGUUAUGGCACGACAUCAUAUCGAUGAAAUGGCCGUUGAUUCGUCUACUCCAACUACCACCACAACUGAACGACGUAAAAAGAAGCCAUAUAAAGAGUUAACGCUCGAAGAAAAAGUUCAAUUAAUUCGUUUAGCGGAAGAAAAUGCCGGAAUGAGCCAGGCAAGUAUUGCGGAACGUUAUUCAAUUGCUAAAAGUAAUGUUUGCCGAAUUUUACAACGGAAACAUGAAUAUCUUCGAGCAUAUGAAUGGGCUGGUUUUGCUGGAUCACGUAAGCGUAAACUUCGUGGUGAUCCGCAACAUGAUCCACAUCAUCCACAUCAUGAGCAUCAACAGCAACAGUCACGUGGAAAUACUAAAGAUCUUAAUAAUUUUCGAACUUUAAAAAUGGCGAAUACAACAAAUUGCACCGUACCCCACAAUCAUUCAGCAAAUUAUAUGGAAAUGAUAGCAUUAAGUGGUACAACAGAACGGGCAACUAACGAUAAUCAUCUGAUUGCACCACAACGUCCAACAACAGUCAUACAUCAACGCGAUCAUUUGAAAAUUUUAUAUUCUCAUUGUGAACAAUUGGAAUAG